UUUUUAGGUUGGUAUUGAUUUAGGUUAAAAGAUUGACGUUUGACGUAUUUUUAAAAGAAAAGAUGUUUUAGUUAUUUUGUUUGUUAUUAUGAAAUAAAUAUUAAUAUAUCUUCAAAUGUAAGGAUUAUUUUUAUUAUUUCUGAAGAAUAUGAUAAUGAAAACCAAUGCUCGGAAGUAAUGAAAUCGGCGAUUCAAGGAUAAAGGAAAUUCUGUGAAUGUAAAAAUUGAAUGGAUUAGAGAUGAUAACAGUCUGACGAAAAUGAAAUGAAAUUUCUGAAAAUCCUAAAAAAAUAGUUUAUGAUACUGCAAAUAUACUUGUUUGUAAUGGUCCAUCAACUUCGGAUAAAUACAAAGUAGCUAAGAAGACGAAUAAAAUAUAAUGUAUUUCUUACAAUUGGUUAUUAGAUAGUGUAAGAAACGGUUAUACACUUAAAAUGAAAGAAUAUAUAAUUAAAAAACAGACUUCCACCCCAACAAAAAAUGGUGAAAACAUAAAUCCUAAUUUCUCAGAAAUGAGUGUGAUUAAUUAUACCACAUCUCACAUUAGUGGUUUACAAGAAAGUUUACGCUUAUCUAUGUCAAACUCAAAUCUAUCACAUUCACAAACAAGUAAAAGAAAAAAAUUCUACAUUAAAUGUAUUAAAUGAUGAUCAAUGAUAGAAUUGAUAUAAAAUUAUUGACAACAUCCAUUUGGGAAAAAUAUUUGUCAAGCAUUGAAUCAUAUUUGCAAAGUUUUUGGACAUUUUGAAGCAUGUUGUUAUCAAAAGAACAAAAAAUUCAAAGAUAGGAAUUCAGAUAAAGGAAAAAUAAAACAGAAACUGAUAAAAGAAGUUGAAGCUGAAGCGGAAAAAGAAAAAGAGGAGGAAGAAAGUGAAGAUUAUUAUACUGUUUGUAAGAUACAAGAUAAUUCUGCAGUUGGUGGAAAUGUUACAGCAAUAUUAAAUCUAAAAUUAAAUGAAAUAUGGAAGAAACUUUCAUGUGAUAUGGAUACUAGAUCAAAUGUUUGCUUAAUGGGUUACAUGUAUGUAAUGGAACAAUUUGAGAAUAAGAAAAUAGUUUUACGAAAUUCUAACUAUAUGUUAAGAGAAUUUGGAGGACCAAUAAAUGUUAAAGGAGAAACAACAAUAGCUUGCAAGUAUAAAAACAAAAAUUAUAAUAUAGUUUCCUAAAUUGUCAAUAUAGAACAUGGACCAUUGUUUUCUGCAAACGUAUGCAAAAUUUUGGUGCUAGUUAAGAUGCUGAAACUAUUGUAAAAGAAUAUGAUGACCUAUUUGAAGGAUAUGGAGAUAAGGAUAUUUGAGGAUUUCAAUAAAUAAUAAUAGUAUUAUUGGUUAUUCAAUAAAAAAUACAAAAUAAUAUGAAGAAAAUAAAGAAAUAAUAUACGUUUUAUGUAAAGAUUACAAGGGACAGUUGCGACAACAAAAAGGUCGAAGCUAGAUCGCCCAAUCAACAGGAUUGCAUCAACAGACCAUACAAAAAUUGUAACAUUGGUAUUGAUUCAAUUCAAACGUCAAAAGAGAACGAUAUGAACGGGACAACAUAUAAUUGCACCGAACAAGGUGAUGAAAAUGCACCAGGAUCCAUUUGCGGAUUAGAUAGAUUGAAAAAUCCCAACAUAAACAAGGGACAAGCUUUUACUAUCGAAGAAAGACAAGCUUUGGGAAUCCAUGGAUUACUUCCACCGGCCGUAAAAAGUAUUGAAGACCAAUUAGUACAAGUCGAUGCGCUUUUGAAACGUCUAGAAAGACCUCUAGACAAAUUUUUAUGCGUCAUGAAUUUAUACGAUUUAAAUAGAAAUUUAUUUUUCAAAUAUUUUCAUCAAAACAUAAUGAAUGUAAUGCCAAUAAUUUACACCCCAACUGUUGGCGAAGCCUGUUUAAAAUACAGUUUAAUUUUCGAUCGUCCUCGUAACCUUUACAUCACUAUUUAUGAUAAAGGACACUUAUAUAGCGUUCUAAAAAAUUGGCCCGAAAGAGAUGUGAAAUUCAUCGUUGUAACUGAUGGUGAAAGAAUUUUAGGGUUGGGUGAUUUAGGAGUUAACGGAACUCCUAUUCCGAUAGGAAAGUUAGCUUUGUACACGGGAAUAGCGUCGGUAAAGCCGCAUCAAUGUUUACCGAUUACCAUAGAUGUUGGUACGAAUAACAAAGAAUUUUUAGCGGACCCUCUUUAUAUUGGACUUAGACAAGAAAGGGUUCGAGGAAAAGAUUACGAUGAUUUAUUAGACGAAUUUAUGGAUGCUGUUGUUCGAAGAUUUGGGGUGAACACUUUAAUUCAAUUUGAAGAUUUUGGAAACAGUAAUGCGUUUAGAUUAUUAAAUAAAUAUCGAAAUCGCUAUUGCUGUUUUAACGAUGAUAUACAAGGAACGGCAAGUGUUGCUGUCGCCGGGGUUUUGGCUGCAACAAGAGUUUUAAAGAAAAAAGUUUCUGAUUUAACCAUCGUUUUCUUUGGAGCUGGUGAAGCUAAUUUAGGUAUCGGAGAAUUAUUAACCAUGGCAAUGAUUGAGGAGGGUAUGCCGGAAAGCGAAGCAAGAAAGCGAUUAUGGUUUUUGGAUAGUAAAGGGUUAUUAGUGAAAGAUCGACCGGAAGGGGGAAUUACCGAACAUAAAAAGCCUUUCGCCCAUGAUGCACCUCCCCUUAAAAAUUUGAUUGAUGUGGUUAAAACGUACAAACCUGAUGUUUUAAUUGGAGCUGCUACAAUUCCGGGAACGUUUACGAAAGAAGUUUUACAAGCGAUGGCUGCACAAAAACAAAACCCGGUUAUUUUUGCUCUAAGUAACCCCACUUCAAAGGCUGAGUGUACAGCGGAGGAAGCUUAUACUCAUACGGAAGGUCGUUGUUUGUUUGCUUCGGGUUCACCGUUCGAUCCUGUUACAUAUAAUGGAAAAACUUACAUUCCCGGUCAAUCAAAUAACGCUUAUAUUUUCCCAGCCGUUGGGAUGGCUGCUUCUUUAACUGGUGUUCGUCGUAUUACUGAUUCAAUGUUUUUAAGAGCAGCAUCGGCUUUAGCUGAAUCGGUGAAAGAAGAAGAUCUUCAAAACGGAUGUUUAUUCCCCCCAAUUAUGGAAUUAACUCAAAUAUCUGAAUAUGUAGUAACAAAACUUAUGGAAUUUGCAUACGAAAAAGGAAUGGCUACGGUAUUCCCAGAACCAACAGAUAAAAAAGCGUAUUUUAAAUCUCAAGCCUAUUCAACGGAUUACGUCACAGCAACACCACCUUCAUACCCAGUUCAUUCUAAGAUGUAAAUACGGAGACAAAAACCUCCUUUAUAGGCCAAUUUUAUUUAUUUAUUAAUUUUUUGAUCACUACUUGUCUAUUUUAAUUAUUUACUAUUGUUUAUAUUG